GGAAACGAUUCGACUUUUUUUAUUAAUUCAAUUGGGUGUCUGGGAUAAUAAUAAGUUUACUGUUGCAUGGGACAUAGUGAAAAAGCAGAUUGAAAAACCGGGAGAAAGAAAGAACAGCAAGUUACCAGAAGUACAUACACUACGGGCGAUACAUAGAAGUGAAAAGGGGUGUUUAGGAAUUGUUCUACAGUUAAAAAAAAAAGGAAAAACAAAAAACAAUUAAAAAUGUUUUUGUUGAGUCAAAUUUCGGAUAUAAUAAGCAUUCAUCCAUCAAAUUUUUGGAAACCGACGAAAGAAGCAUUAGCAGAGGAGAUUCAUAAGAAGUACGCAAAUAAAGUGAUUCAAGAAGUUGGACUUGCCAUUUGUGUGUAUGACUUUACGAAAAUAGGAGAAGGAAUCAUUAAAUAUGGAAAUGGAUCCUCAUUUAUGAAUGUUACUUUUCGGCUGAUUGUGUUUCGACCAUUUCGUGGAGAAGUGAUGCUGGGAAGAAUCAAAUCGUGCAGCGAAGAUGGUAUACGGGUAACGCUUGGAUUUUUUGAUGACUUGUUUAUACCUAAAGACAUGCUGUUCGACCCAUCUGUGUAUCGACCAGAAGAGCGGGCUUGGGUAUGGAAACUAGAAGGUGAAGAAGGACAGCCUGGACCAGAACUGUAUUUUGAUGUGGAUGAAGAAAUUCGCUUCCAGGUUGAAUCCGAAGAGUUUGUCGAUAUUUCUCCGAAGAGGAACAAGGGUGCUACUGCGGUUGCUGGAUCCGAAGCGCUCGAGUCCAUGGCUCCAUAUACCAUUAUUGCUUCCUGCGCAAGAGACGGUCUUGGCAUUCCUGUCUGGUGGAAAUAACCACGAUGGUGAUAGGUAUCAAAAAAAAAAUUAAUAAAAAAGAAGAAUUGUUCUCAUAAAUAUAAAAAAAAUCUGAUAAACAAGUUUACAGUUUUCACACGUAAUUCCC